CUACACGAAAGAAACGAAGCAUCGAAGCAGGGUCUCAUAUAACCAGGAAUUCAUAAAAAUUACGCUUUAUAUCAACAACAAAACUACAUAGAUAUGGAUGCGAUUUGUUCUCAGUUACUAUAUUCCGUGAGUUUUCUACUUCUUGUUUAUCGUAGCGAAUCAAUCUCAAGUAAUUGUUAUGGGACACACUACAAAAUCAUAAACGAUCUACGUCGAAGCACAGGCUACGUGUCAAAUAAUUCUAAAGCGUAUCUUUGCGAUAGACAGCUGUUGGAGAACAACGCUUGGUAUCGAUUUUCUAUGGACAGUGAGGGAAAAAUGCCUACGACGAAACCAAAGGUCGGAAGUUGUGGAACUUAUAUUCCUAUGUGGAUGAAUGGCAUCCAUCCCACUAUCCACGAUGGCAUUGUUCUAAGGAAAGUAUGUGCAAAUUUGCCGCACGUUUAUCCAUUUGGUUGCGGUUAUUCCCUCAGAAUACGUGUUCGUAAUUGUAGUGGAUACUACAUAUACCAGCUGAAGGAUCCUAAAAAAUGUUUUCUUGCGUAUUGUGCAGGUUCGAAGGUACCUAAUUGCACAAAUACAGAUCCCCAUGGAAGCUGCAUUGCCAAUCGAGCUCCGUAUAUCACUAUGCCUGGUCGUUUCUACGCUUUCGAAAAGAGCGAAUUCCAACUAUCGAUUAAUGCUACUGACCCUGAAGGAUAUAAAUGGAAGUACGAAUAUCUGCCGAAUGCAACAGUUGAUAUAUCAAAAGAUAUGGAGAAAAAAAUUGUUAGAAUUUUUGUGAAUAGAACUGGAGGAUUUUCAUUACGAGUAACAGAUGGUGAAGGGCUUGCAAGCAGUGUCCACACAAUCGAAAUUGUCGCCUUACCGUGCUUGUGCCAGAAUGGAGGUAAAUGCCAAGGAAAGAAAAAUGUGUCAACAGUGCGUGUUGAUUUUGCAAGUUUCAAAUGUGGUUGUGUGAAACCGUAUACGGGGGUGUUGUGCGAAAUUAGCCCAUGCGAUAACCUGCCAUGUUUUCGUGGGGUAAAUUGUUCGGUAACAGGCGACAGGUACAAGUGCGGGAAGUGUCCUUCGAAAUUUGAAGGUGAUGGUGAAGACUGUCAGCUUAUUUUACCGGAUGGCAUCACUCUUGUUGAGGCGGAGUUGGUUAUCGUUUCCGGAUUGAAGUGGAAUGCUGUACUUUCAAACAAAACUACGCAGUUUUACAAACGUAUAGCAGAAGAAAUCGAAACCCAGAUUAAAAAAGCCUAUAGAGAUGCCGAAGACUUUUGGAGUGUGAUUGUCGUGUGCUUUCGCAAGGGAAGUGUUGUGGUUGAGUUUCAACUUCAUUUCAAGAAGGAAAAAGAUGAUCCGCUAAAGCCAUUAAGAUCUUUUGUGCAAAACGAUUUUGGCUCAUUUAAAGUAGCACCCAACAGCAUUAAAGAGAAAUAUUCAUUCGAGGUGGAUGGAAAAUUUCAUGUGAAAUCUGGUUUAGAAUGGAAGGAUGAUCUUUUGCAUAAAAAUUCUUCGUAUUUCAAAACUAUGGCGUUUAAAAUUGCCCAUGAGAUUGAUAAAAUUUAUGCUGAUGAGAAAUAUUUUGUGUACAUCUUUGUCAUUGGUUUCCGCAAAGAAAAUGCAGCUGUGAAAUUUAGACUUGUAUGGCGAAAGAAAGUCAAGAACCCUCUAGAAAGACUGCAAAAUGAAAUAAAAGAUGGAAAACUGGGACCAUUUGAAAUUGACGUACAUAGCGUUAAAGAAAAGACCACCUCCAAACCCUCCUAUGAAAGGUCGCCAUUCGGGAUGCCUAAAGCUUGGUUUAUCGUCAUUAUGUGUUUAUUGUCAGUCCUGGUUAUUGCCUCCAUCGCUGCCUGUGUUCUUUGCAUCAAAAGGAAGACAUUCAAUAUCUUUGUGGUGACUCAGCAAGAUGAUCACCGUGAGAUCUGCCCUAAUAAUAGCAACGAUGGCUCCAGCAUUCAACUGAAAACACGUCCUUCACGCAAUCAAGUCGUGGAUCUUGGAAUUGAUGGGAAAAAUGCCUGGUGAAUUUUUAUUCAUUUUCGUUGACAGUACAUAACUCGAAGCGAACUUGCUGUUUUGCAGUUUAUUGCUGUCUUGGCAUAACUUAUUUACAUGCAUGGUUUCGCUAAACAUAUACAUAAUAUAUAUAAAAUAGUGCGAUGAUCCGUGACCAAAAAGGGGAACAAUUUCAACUCGCGCUAAAGUGCCAACCAUUCAGUUUGCAUACAACCCGAGUUAUCUUUAAUUUUGAAAUAAUCUAUAAUAAAAAAGUAGCUAGUAUAGUGAGACUAUUAUAGCUAAUGAAAUGUUUCAAGUUUGAAAGUAAUUAUUACGCUUUUUAGUUUGUUUUUGUCGAGUGACAAAAACUGAAACGACAUUUAAAUAGUAUGUAUUAGCGUAUACUUAUAGUCUAUUGUUCAUGGUUAAGAUUUGUUUCUUGUUGAAGUCUGCAAUCAAUCGAAAUACGUCAUGUCUUAAGGUGGCUCGAUACAGUUUUCAAAAAUUCCAUUGUUCAUCACUUUGACACGUUCAAACGACGCAUUUUUAUGAUUUAUUCCAGAGAUACUGCAUGGGUUUUUUAUCUAUUUUGAUGUCUCUACUUUUAAAUCGUAUUAGUUUUAGUAACAGAUCGUCCGUUGCUAU